AGCAUGCCUAUUUGCUGGGACUGCUGCUGGAUGCCAAUCAGCCAGCAAUUCUUGUUGGGGAGACAGGGUCAGGGAAGACCACUCUCUGCCAGUCUAUACUCAGUCAUGGUAGGCCGCACAUCCGAGUCCCUGCAAGCCCUCUUCUUAACAUCUCUAACCUGAGGAAAGUUCUAGAGAGCAUGAGGCAAUCUCCUGUGGAGACCAUUGGGAAAAGCAUGAAGCAGGCAGGAUUGUUACUGUUUAUUGAUGACCUUCAUGAGGCCCCCUGUGAUGCGUCUGGAAAGGAAUCGAUGGCACUGGAAAUGCUGAGACAAUGCAUUUCAAGGUGUGGAAUUAUGUCCACUGAUGGUUAUCAAUUCAAAUCGUUCAGGUCUGGAGCAGUUUGCUAUUUUGGCACUUGCAGUAUACCAGGGAGAGGAAGAAGCAAUGGCAACAAAAUAUCAGAGCGGCUUACCAGACAGUUUUCCAUUCUAGCACUACCAAGUUUGGAGGCUGAUAUUCUUUUUUCAUUUCACUCCUCACACUUGCAACACUGGCUCAUGGAGUUCCCAUCUGCCUCCAGAUCACCAGAUAUGGCAAAGUGCAUUAUAUCAGCAACCCUCGAUUUGUACCAGGCAGUGUGCAAGAAUUUUUGUCCACGUACAAACAGGCCCUUGAUUUUCUUUUCAGUACAUGACCUUCAAAAGGUAUUUCAGGGCAUGUUUCUCUGGAGUCCACGUGCAGCUGUACGGCAGAUUAACCAAAAAAGCUAUUGCCUCAGAGCUGUUCUACCAUGCUCUGCACAACCUAUUUUUUCUCCAGCAGUGUUGGGUCCUGCUGCCAAUGUGCUCAAUAUCACUCGCCUCUGGAUGCACGAGUGUUUACGAACCUUCGGGGAUCGCUUAGGCUCAGAAGAGGAUAUUCAAACAUUUGUCAAGCUUUUAACAGAAACGUCGGAGGUACAUUUCGGUAGAAGAUUAGCUGUUGAGCCUCAGGCAGACGAAGUGGACACAUCUAAAUCUGCAUGUCCAUCACCACAUGCAGGGUAUGUAAGGGCUAACUCAACAGAUUCAAAUCAGAAACAGACAGAAGAUUUGAGCUCGAUCAUAAAGCCCUUGAAUAAGUCUGACUUGUCCAACAAAGUAGAAUCUGUGGAGAAAUCACUGUUCGGUAGCUCAGAGUCAGGUAGUGGAAGUGAAGAGGAAACAUGUGGUGAAAAGCCUGUGAAGAAGCACAAAAAGAAAACCCUAAAAAGGAGAAGAUAUGUGGAUAGAGGCAACAAGGCCGGUGACUUACAAGAAGAUCAACCCAAUACUAAAUGUCACACUCCACAAAUGCCCACUACGCUGAAACCAUUGAAAAGCCCUGUCUUGAGGAAGCUUCAUAAAACAGAUGGAAAGCCAAACACUUAUAAAGUACCAGAUGACUCUGUACCUCCCCUCCAGUUACUUAAAGACAUGGAAGCCACCAUACACAAUGCGACCUUUGGCCCAGAACUACUGGAGCCCCUCAGCUCCAUCUCACAGCAGCAUAAUUUCAAACGCAACUCAGUUUACAUGGAAAGAGAUUUGGACAUGUUAGUGCAACAGCUAGCUCUCACGGUGAAGAGCAAAGAAGAGGAGGAAAAAGCAGAGUUUAAUGAUCAGUGGACAUGCACCGCCAGGUAUGUAAUACACAAACCAAGGGUGCGGCAGCUCAGUCACAUUCUGCGUGUUUUGCUAAUACAUGGUGGACAUGGGGCUCUCUUCCGUGCUGCCAAGGGCACAGGUCGCAAAACUACAGUGCGUCUGGCAGCCCUUCUGUCUGGGUACAAGCUGAUGGAGAUCCAUGCGGGGAAUGAGGGCAAGUUCAGGGAAAUGCUUAAAGAUGCUGGAAGCCUCAGUGGUGUGCAUGGCAUUAAAAUUAUAUUUCUUGUCCACGAGAAUAUCAGUCAGACCGUUAUGGAUGAGCUUCUCAUUGUAAUGGCAAGUGGAACUUUCCCAGACCUCUACUCUGAAGACGAUCUCAAAAACUUGAUUCAGCGGAUCACUUCGGUGAAUCGACUAAAGGAUGACCAGGCACUUGAUAAGUGAGUAGCAAUAAUAAUCCCCACUAGCUACGAGAUGAAUAUCACUUUUGUGGAUAACAACAAAAUG